AUGAAUAAAAUUCCACAUCAAGAAAAUAAAUAGAAAUAACUAUAGAUAAUACAAAGUCUUAAAUUAAGAGAGUUAUUAAAGAAGCUUUUUGAAGAAGUUAACUCUCUUGAUGUCCAAUCUAAUCUAACGACAAAUAAAAAUGAUCAUGUAAAUCAAAUUUAAGAUGAUUUCAUUGACUAAUGUAUUAAUAAUUCUAUGGAUGAUUUCAAUUCUUCUUAUUCUUCAUUCCUAUAUCAAACAGAUUAAGAUCAAAAUUUUACAAAGAGAGGUAAUUUUUACUUAUUUGAAAAUGGUCUUAAAGUUUUUAAAUGUAAAGAAUGCUAAGAAACUUUUGAUACUCCUUAGAAAUUAGGAACACACACCUCGAAAACUCAUCAUAACCUUUAAAAGAUAAAAAAGUAGAUUAAAAAAAAAUGA